AUGUGUGAUCUCACUGCCAGCUUCCAGCCAUCAGAAGGCGAUCCUAACCACUCCAAUACUUCAUCAGAAGCGCGUUCAGAUGAACCAAACAAAUCUAAAGAUAAAUUCCGCAGUUAUAGUGUUAUAAGUCAAACAAACUUUGCCAGUAAUAGAGCAUCGAACCGAAGGCGCGCGUCUGAAGUUGCGCAAGCGCUUCCACCCACCGCGUCUGCGCGCAGAUCCAGAUUCCAGACCAGUGUAGCGGACUCCUCACAAAAAGCAACUCUCACUCCUUCAAUGCGCAAAAAACAUCUACAGAACUUAUUUCUCAAUUACAAUACGCAUAGUGGACUGACUAGUAUCUUGUCCUUGAAAAGACAGGCAUCAAGGGAUUGCGACGAUGCACCUGAGGAGAGGAAUACAUUCUGGGCUUUAGAUCCCAUGGAGCACGCAUGGACGCUGUCAGCUGUGAAUGGGAAUUUCAACACUAUUGUGGGAUUCCUCUCGGAGGACCCCAGUCUACUUACCAGGAAAGACUUCAUAAGUGGCUUCACUGUUCUUCAUUGGUUAGCCAAGAAUGGCAAACAUGAAAUAUUGGUAAAGCUUCUGAGACUCGCAGAGAAAGAAGGCUAUCCAACUAACGUGAACAUGAAGGGCAGUGGAGGUCUCACACCUUUACACCUAGCUGUCAUGCACAGCCAGUACAUGGUCAUCAAGAUAUUAGUAGGGGCUUUUGGUGCCAACGUGGAAUUAAUGGACUACAAUGGCAAAAGAGCAUGGCAGUAUCUUAAAGACGAUGCACCAUCAGCGAUGAAGGAGCUGCUUGGAGCAUGGGAUGAAGAACACUCUCCCUGGCAACUAAAUGUUAAUAACAAUUGUGCAGGUAGCACCGAAGCAACCCCGACAGAGGAAAUUCAGAAGGACCUUGAUGUAGUGGACUCUUUCAAAAGAAAUGACAGGUCGUGGUUUGGUUCAUUUAGAAAGCGUCUCACACCAUUUUUCUCAGGAGGCAAGAAGUAA